AUGGAUAGUUUCAAAACGCACGACUUGCACAUCCCGGCAACCGCGCUGGCGGCGGUGCUCAAGCCGUCCACCAUCGUGGGCUUCCUCUGCGUUUUCCUCAUAUCUCAAUUGCUGCUUUUUGCCGCACGAUACUCCAAGACCAGCAUGGCUGGUAUCCCCGGACCCUCGGGGUGGCCUCUGGUGGGCAUUGGCCUCGAUCUACCCACCCGACCCCGAGAGCUGUUGAACAAAUGGGCAGCAAAGUACGGGGAUACCUUCAAGGUGCGUGUAGGCUGGUACGACUGGGUGUUUUUCAACAACCGGGAUGCCGUGAAGGAGAUCUUUGACAGACAGGCCGCCGUCACGUCCGGCAAGCCACAUCUUCCCAUCGCUCAGGAGUACUGCCUCCGCGGCCAUGGUGUCCUGCCGAUGACAUAUAAUGCCAAAUGGAAGCGGCUGCAUUACUACCUCAAGCAGCUGCUGAGCCCCCGCGCCUCGGCUGCAUUCAUUCCCAGCCAAGAGUUCGAGAUUAAGCAGUUGCUUUCCGAUCUGUCUGGCGAAGCCGGCAAGGACAGCUGCGAGGCCUUCUACAUGCACAUCCGCCGCAUGACGUUCUCAAUCGUCAUGACCUCGGCUUACGGGCUGCGUAUCCCCAACUGGGACUGCCAGGAGGUGCGUGAUGUGUACGGCAAUAUGCGCAUGCUGUCCAUCAUCCUCCGCCCGGGCAUCUUCUGGAUCGACACUUUCCCUCCGCUGAACUGGUUGCCUCGGUUCUUGUUCCCGUCUUGGCCCAAAGCAAAGGUCAUGGCAUCGAUCAUGCAUAACGCGAAGAUGAGGCAUUGGGAGAACCUGAAAGAGCGGAUUGCACAGGGUACGGCUCCGGAAUGCUUCGCCAAGGAUCUGAUGGAGUCAAACUACCGAGACUUUGGUCUCGAGGAGGAGGCAAUGAGCUGGCUGGCCAGUGCUGUGCCCGAAGCUGGUGCAGAGACCACCGCUAGCGCCUUGAACGGCAUGAUCCGCUACCUGGCCAGCUUUCCCGAAGCGCAGGAGGCCGCCCACGAAGAGGUCAGUCGCGUGCUGGGCAAUGGACGCAUGGCGACGCUCGAAGAUGAGCCCAACAUGCCGUACAUUCGAGCCGUGAUUAAAGAAACCUUGCGUCUCUGCCCCGUUGCCACCACUGGCCUGCGGCGUAUGACCGACGCCGACAUCAAAUACCGCGACCAGACUAUCCCCAAGGGGACAAUCCUCUUGGCUAACAUCAACAACCUGCACUGGGACCCCGCCUUCUUUGACGAGCCCUUCAAGUUCAAGCCCGAGCGAUACCUGAACCACCCGCAUCGAUCGGCGGUUUACGCCGCCGGCGGAGAUGUCAUGGCGCGCGACCAUUUCACCUUCGGUGCCGGACGUCGCAUCUGUCCGGGCAUCCAUCUCGCGGAGAACGGCCUCUUCCUGGCCGUGGCGAACAUUAUCUGGGCGUACGAGUUCCGCCCACCCAUCGGGCCUGACGGUAAAGAGCAGCCGUUGGAUAUCGGCGACGAAGGAUUCAUGGAGGGAGCGAUUCGAGUGCCGCAGCAGUAUUCCAUCCGCAUCUUGCAGAGGAACCCGGAGCGGGCGGAGACCGUUCGGCGACAGUGGGAGCAGGCACAGGAGGAUGGGUACGUGUUACGGGGAAUUCAUGUCGAUGCAAACGGGGGUAUGAAGGGAGGAGUGAAAAAGGCGCCCAAGUAG